AUGACAUCGCAUAUUGCGAUUCGAAAUUUAUUGGCGAACAACGCUGAUACCAAACCAGCGCCAAUCCCACCACCACUAGAUUACUCCGUCUCGUCUAGCAACACGAUUGUUACCAAAAAAAAAGAGAACCACUGUAUUCGGCCCAACUAUACCUAUAGUGCGUUGGUGGCCAUGGCAAUCCGCAGCAGUCCUGAGGGUAAACUAACGUUGAGUUCUAUACAGAGCUGGAUCAGUGACAACUUCCCUUACUACCGAAAAGAUGAACAGGGUUGGCAGAAUCAGAUAAGGCAGACGCUGAGCACGAAUUCUUGUUUCUGCAAAAUUCCACGACCUAUGGGCGAUCCAGGGCGCGGAAACUACUGGACCAUUAGUGCAGAAGUGGGAGCGCUUCGUUUUCAGCAGCCGACUGCUGGCAGUGAACAUGCACUUCGGGCGAUGGUGAACGGUGUACCAAAUGCGGCGUACUUCUCUACGACGCAUCAGAUACAGGGCACUCAUCAGUCCAAGUUGGUGCGGGCCGUGCAAGAACGGCUUGCCUGGUAUCAGUACCAUCUGCAACAAACACAACAUCUACAGCAACGACUGGUAAUUCUGCAACAACAACAGAUUAAACACCAAUACCAAGAAGUGUAUCAAAAACUUGUGUUCCACCAGCAACAAGUCGCAUUUCUUACAGCUCAAAAGCAUUCAGUUUAA